AUGGUUAUAGCUUUUGAUUUGAAACGCGUGUUUCUUGAAUCUAAUUAAUAAUUCAGUAAUAAAUGUUAGUUGUUUCAAUAACAUUUCUGGAUACUCAUCUUUAUUGAUCAACCGAAAACAAUGGACCAAGAUCAAAAAAACUACGCGAGUGGCAUGUGUCAAAAUUCAUUCACAACUCAAGAGAGUGUGACUAGACGCUUUACAAUAACGUUCGUAGGAAAAGGAGACUCCUACGAAUAUCAAAUGUACCCAGAGACGUCUGCGAUUGAACAGAGCUCGACAAAACAACCCGAUACCAUCGAAAUACGAAAAGACCACGUAUGCGACGUGUGCUCAAAAGCGUUUUUAACUAAUUGGAACUUAAAAAAUCACCACAAAACCAUUCAUGAAGGACGAAAAGACUUUGUAUGCAACGUGUGUCAAAAAGCAUUUGCAAGAAAUCACAGCUUACAGACCCAUCACAAAACUGUUCACGAAGGACGAAAAGACUAUAUAUGUGAUGUGUGUCAAAAAGGGUUUAUAAGAAAUAUGACGUUGGAACGUCAUCGUAAAACUGUUCACGAAGGACAAAGAGACUACGUAUGCGACGUGUGCUCAAAAGUGUUUUUAAAUAAUCGGAACUUAAAAAGUCAUCGUAAAACUGUUCACGAAGGACGAAAAGACUACGUAUGUGAUGUGUGUCAAGAAGCAUUUAGAACUAAUCAGUAUUUGACAAAACACAAAAAAUUAGUUCACGAAGGGCAAAAAGACUACGUAUGCGACGUGUGCUCAAAAGUGUUUUUAAAUAAUCGGAACUUAAAAAGUCAUCGUAAAACUGUUCACGAAGGACGAAAAGACUACGUAUGUGAUGUGUGUCAAAAAGGGUUUACAAUAAAGAGCAGCUUAACACGUCAUCGUAGAGUAGUUCACGAAAAACAAAGAGAUCACAUUUGCGACGUAUGUCAAAAAGCAUUUCGAAGUAAACAUAAUUUGACAGAUCAUAAAAAAAGAGUCCAUGAAGGACGAAAAGAUCACAUUUGCGACGUUUGCCAACAAACGUUUGCAUCAAAAAAUCACUUAGAAACUCAUCGCAAAACUAUUCACGAAGGACAAAGAGAUUACGUAUGCGACGCUUGCCAAGGAAUAUUUACACGACAACACGAAUUGACAAAACACAAAAAAUUAGUUCAUGAAGGACGAAAUGACUACGAAAGUGACGCUAAUCAAAAAACAUUUUUGAAAAAUCGUAAUAUUGCAAAACCCAAAAAAACCUUUUACCAAGAACCAAUAGACUACGUGUGCCUCACGUGCCAAAGGGCAUUCGAAACGAAAUAUAUUUUCGAGACUCAUCGAUUAUUACACCACACAAGCUAAAGGGACAAGGUGUAACUUGUGUCAGAAAUCAUUUACCUAACAUCCUAUAGGUAUAGGCUUCAGGUCCGAACUAAGAUGUUUCAAAGCAUUUGAAGCGAAAAGUAACGUCUAGAAAUAUUUCGCAAACUAUUUUAUCAUAAAAUCACCAAUAAAUUAUCAUAU